GGUAGGUAGCCAGCAUUGAAACCCAAGCUGUGAAACCUAGGACUUUCAACACCCAAGCUUCCGUCACAGCUCAAGUUACCAACUUGACUUUUAGUUUAUUCAAUUUUAUUCCACCACCCUGAGAACAUUGGCGUCCGGCUAGCUCAAUCGACAACAAUGGCGAAAGGAAGCGCGAAUAAGGACAUCAAGGAUGUCUACAUCGCCCUUAUGGGCGUCACUGGCGCUGGUAAGAGCUCGUUCAUCGCAACGUGUUCUGGCCAGGACGUCGCGGUUGGACAUGAUUUGACAUCGUGCACCACCGAUGUCGAGGACGUGGCUUUCAUGUACAACCCACAACUCCGGGUUCACUUGGUCGAUACUCCUGGUUUUGAUGACACCACCCGAUCGGAUGUUGAGGUUCUGCAAGACAUCGCGGCGUGGCUUGCAGGAAGUUUUGCAAGCGGAACCAAGUUGAACGGCAUCAUCUUUCUCCAUCGAAUCUCGGAUCCGCGGAUGACGCGGUCAGCUCGCCGCAACCUCCUGAUGUUCAAGAAACUCUGCGGCGCCAAUUCCUAUAAAUCCGUGGUAUUUGCUACGACCAUGUGGUCCAAGGUCGACCCCGCCGAAGGUACAGAACGAGAACGCCAACUAACCGAGAAGAGCGAGUUUUGGGGUACCAUGUACAGAAAGGGCAGCCGCGUCUUCCGCUACCACAACACAAUCGAGUCGGCAGAGGAAAUUAUCAACUAUAUUCUGUCACUGGACAAGAAAAUCGUUCUGAACAUCCAGGACGAGAUCGUCAACAAGAAGUUGGAGAUUGAAGACACCUCGGCCGCCGUCGAGCUGAACGCCGAGAUCAUCCGCGAGCGCAAGAAGCACCAGGAAGAGCUAGCCAUGAUGAAGGAGCAGAUGGAAGAGGCCAUCGAGAUGCGCGAUAUGGAGCUGCAGGAAAUCUUCCAGGAAGAGAUUGGGGAGCUGCAGAGCAAGAUUGAACAGGGGACGGAGGAGCAACGUAAGCUUACCCAGUCACUGGCGGAGGUCCAGAAGCGUAAGGAGACCGAGCUCGAAGCCUUCAAGCAGCAGAUCCGGCGAGAUCAACAGGAGCUGCAACGCAAGAUUGAAAAAGGGGUGGAGGAGCAGCGUAAGCUCACCCAGUCGCUGGCGGAGGUCCAGAAGCGUAAGGAGACCGAGCUCGAAGCCUUCAAGCAGCAGACCCGGCGAGAUCAACAGGAGGUGCAUCAGCGGUACCAACGCGAGCUCGAGGAGCAGCGCCGACUCGCCAAAGAGCAGGAAGCGUUGCUCAAGGAGUCGUAUGAGGCCGAGGUCAGACGACUGGCCGAGGAGCAGAAGAUACGAGUCAGGGAGGAGCAGAAGCGCGAGGAGGAGUUUAGGAUCCAGCAGCAGGAAGCAGAGUGGCACCGUGCUGUCAGGGACGAGACCGCUCGACGCGCACUUGAGCAUCAGCGCCGGGUGGCAGUGCAGGAGCAACAGGCAGCCCUGGAGCGCCACAGGAGAGAGACGGAAAUUUAUCGCGAAGAGACGGAGCGCAUGGAGCGGCAGUAUCUUGCCGACGUGGAGGAGCGUCGGCGGAAUGACAAAGCCAUGCAGCGCGAGAUGCGUGAGGAAGAGGCAAGACGGCAGCAGCAGCUCCAGGAGUCCCUGCAGCGCAAGGCCUCCGGUGGUUUCCGUAACGCCCUUCGCAACCUCGCUCAUGAACUCAGCAACAAGAUUUUCGGCCGACCCAGGCAGCUCAGCUUCCCUAGGGGAUAGGGCGACGACGAGUCAAGGCCACCAGUGGUCGAUAUUCCAUCUGUUAUAGCUGUUAGUAUGGAUGUGAAAAUAGCCCGCUGACGGACUUCAUGGACAACAACGUCCAGCAUUACGCAAUCUUGUCACACCGCUGGGGAGAUGAAGAGGAUAUGUGCUGGAAUGCUGGG